GACCACUCCACUGCGAGCAAAAUCGGAGCUUUCUUCGACAGAGCCAAAUCAAAAGGCAAAAAACUGGUUUCUAAAUCGAAGGAGCAUUCGAAAUCGCCCGAAGUUUCGGAAUCGUCUGCACAGUGUACGCUUGUUCAACCAUCAUCGAUGCAACCAAGUGAAAAGGACGAGAUGGUUCAGGUUGAAGAGCCUAAGAGCUCGGGAGAACCAGCUGUGAUUUAUUCACUCGGUCAACGAUUCCGAAUUAUGCCAUUCUUCAAAUAUCGAAUGAUGUUGCUUGGGAUGCUGCUCUCCAUCACAUUCGUGUGCCCUGGUUUUAUCACUGGCCUUCUCUGGGGUCUGUACUUGUCAUUCAUAGGAUUUCUGUACCUGUUUGUUUCUGAACCACGUUCAAGGGGAUGGAUGAAUGAGUUGAAGGGAAAGUAUUCGCCUGCAACGUACCAUGUCAAUAAUGCUCAGUCUGUGCUCGUUCGCCUAGAGGGUACCACACUGCGAAUAUCACGACCCGCGAAAGCAGUGCUGAAACAUGCUUUCCACGAAGAUCCCACUCUAACUCAGCCACAACCUACCAUGGUUUCGCAGACGUUGUACAGCCUUGAAGGAGCUCAU